CUUAGCUUUGAAAAGCAAUGCAUUCUGGGAGCACCUUCCUUUCUCGGUCUCCGGCCAUCUUGGAGCUACAUCACUGGUCCGGGAUCACAACGCUGCAAUCAUGGUGGCCGCCAAGAAGACGAAAAAGUCUUUGGAGUCUAUCAACUCUCGGCUCCAGCUGGUUAUGAAAAGUGGUAAAUAUGUCCUGGGUUACAAGCAGACUUUGAAAAUGAUCCGUCAGGGCAAGGCUAAGCUGGUUAUUCUUGCCAACAACUGCCCAGCUCUGAGGAAAUCCGAAAUUGAAUAUUAUGCAAUGUUGGCAAAGACCGGUGUCCACCACUACAGCGGAAACAACAUUGAGUUGGGUACAGCCUGCGGUAAAUACUUCAGAGUAUGCACACUGGCUAUUAUUGAUCCAGGUGAUUCUGACAUCAUCAGAAGCAUGCCAGAGCAGCAGCAAGCCAUUGAAAAAUAAAUAUGUAUACAACUGUACUAAAUAAAACUGGUUUCACAAAAA